UGUAACCUUUAUUGAUCAAGCAACAAGAAUAAAUCAAUAAUUUAUACGAUAGCCGACAUAAAGAGAUUUCUAUUAUCUUACUAUAUAUAGUCAACAAAUAUCUAUAACAGUUGUUCACAUGGGACACGACCAAUGAGUCACUGCCAAAUACAAGCUUCAAGAGUGAAGACUAUUAAAGAACAGAGAAAUACAGGGAAAAGCAAUUAGGAGAAGGAACAAAAGAAGAUGGAAUCUGGAAGUAUGAAAACACCUCUGGUGAAUAAUCAAGAAGAAGCAAGAAGCUCUUCUUCCAUCACUUGUGGUCUUCUUCUUAGUACCUCCGUCGCUGUCACUGGCUCUUUCGUUUAUGGCUGCGCUAUGUCAUAUUCAUCGCCUGCUCAGUCCAAAAUCAUGGAAGAACUGGGACUUUCCGUUGCAGAUUAUUCGUUUUUCACAUCGGUAAUGACAUUGGGAGGAAUGAUUACGGCCGCGUUUAGUGGAAAAAUUGCUGCAGUUAUUGGUCGUCGACAGACAAUGUGGAUCGCGGAUGUUUUCUGCAUCUUUGGUUGGCUCGCUGUAGCCUUUGCACAUGAUAAAAUGCUGUUAAAUAUUGGUCGAGGCUUCUUGGGGUUUGGGGUUGGUCUCAUUAGUUAUGUGGUUCCUGUAUAUAUAGCAGAAAUUACGCCCAAAGCAUUUCGUGGAGGAUUCUCUUUUUCCAAUCAACUUCUACAAAGUUUUGGGAUAUCGCUCAUGUUCUUCACCGGAAACUUUUUUCAUUGGAGAACAUUAGCUCUUUUAAGUGCAAUCCCAUGUGGUAUCCAAAUGAUAUGUUUAUUUUUUAUUCCUGAAUCACCUAGAUGGCUGGCUAUGUAUGGUAGAGAACGAGAGCUUGAGGUUACUUUGAAGAGGCUAAGAGGAGAAAAUGGUGAUAUUCUCGAAGAAGCAGCUGAAAUCAGAGAAACAGUGGAAACCUCUAGAAGAGAAUCUCGAAGUGGACUAAAAGAUUUGUUCAAUAUGAAAAACGCACAUCCGUUAAUCAUUGGAUUGGGCCUAAUGCUCUUGCAACAAUUUUGUGGGAGUUCGGCGAUAAGUGCUUAUGCUGCUCGUAUUUUCGACACAGCCGGUUUUCCAAGCGACAUAGGAACAUCCAUCCUUGCAGUUAUUUUGGUACCGCAAUCUAUUAUUGUCAUGUUUGCCGUCGACCGAUGUGGACGCCGACCACUUUUGAUGAGCUCUUCUAUCGGUCUGUGCAUAUGUUCAUUUUUAAUUGGCCUCUCUUACUAUCUUCAGAACCAUGGUGAUUUUCAAGAGUUUUGUUCCCCUAUCUUAAUCGUCGGUUUAGUGGGUUAUGUCUUAUCCUUUGGCAUUGGUCUAGGUGGACUACCAUGGGUUAUUAUGUCUGAGGUGUUUCCGGUGAAUGUGAAAAUUACCGCCGGUAGUCUUGUAACAGUGUCAAACUGGUUUUUCAGUUGGAUUAUCAUUUUCAGUUUUAAUUUCAUGAUGCAAUGGAGUGCUUUCGGAACAUAUUUCAUAUUUGCUGGAGUUUCUCUGAUGUCAUUCGUAUUUGUAUGGACUUUGGUGCCUGAGACGAAAGGCCGAACACUUGAAGAUAUUCAACAAUCACUAGGCCAACUUUCAUAAAUCCAAAGUUGAUUCUUUACUCCACAAUGCCAGACAUUGUUCUUUUAUGUUACAUUUAUAAGUCAUGUAUUAUCCGAUUUGGAGGGGGGGGAUAUGGAUUUCCGAAUUUUUUUACUUUGAUAAAUUUUGUCAAUAUAUUUUGUUGACAGAAAAAAGAAUAAUCAAUAUACUGUAUGUGGUAUUAUUCUAACAAUAUUUUUUAAACGUAUAAUAUGAUUAUGUACCAAUAUUUAUAACCAUAUCAUAUGAUUAUG